UUUAUUUAUACUAUGUCAUAGACUCAUAGUUAUUUUUUUAACUGUUGUACUGCUUACAGAUUUGGAUCUAUGAGGCCUUUCCUCAUCUUGGAGAAUUUGCUGGAAAAUCAAUGGAUGAACCCUUACCCAUCCCCUGCAUCCUCAGAUGGCACACUUCAAAAAACGACAAGAUAAUCGAAGGCAACCCAUUCAAGUAUAAAGGAAAAGUUACCGAGAACGUGCACCCGUACAUCAUCCCUACAGUUCGUGAGACGAAGAUAGAUUACAUGAUUACGUUUAAGCCAUAUACGGACGAGGUAAAGAAUAACGUCCUCGAUGGAUUGAUGAAAGAGUUAAAAGGGUGACUGUCCCCACUUUAAAUGAGGACAGUGAUGAUGACGAAGAUUUGGGUGGUAACCCCGUUGGAGUACGCAUUGGUGAUGAUGAUUCUCCGAUCACCUCCAAAGAUACAGUGGUAACCUCAUCCCCCGGGGAUCUUCAUAAGCGUGUGGCUGCGCUCGAGGAAGCGGUGUUGGAUAUUGCUACCUAUAUCAAAAAGAAAAAAAUGAAGAAAAAGGAAAAUGAUGAGAGACAACAUGAGCGAGGUAACUUCAUUUAUUAAUUGAUGUUGUUAAUGAAUAUUUAGCUUUAAAUAUCAGUAACACUUUGUAAUAUUAUGAAAUAGUACAUAUGCAUAAAUCGGAGAGGAAUGAAGAUAGGGAAAAAAAAAGCAAAAUGGAUGAGUUGGCCGCUGUUGUGGCAGAAGAGGAAAAAGAAGAAGAAAAGAAGGAUGGUGAAGAAGAUAAGAGCCAAGAAGAAGGUGGAAAAGUAGCAGAAGUAGAAGAAGAAGAAGCGGUAGUAGAUGAACAAGGAGGCGCGGAAAAAGGAAAAAUUAUUGAAGAAGAAGCUGAUAAAGAUGACAAAGAAGAAGUUGAGCAAGAAGCAACAGGUGAACGAAAAGAAGAAGCUGAGGAAGAAACAACUGUUGAAACCGAGGAAGAAACAACUGCUGCAGGUGAAGUAAGAAAAGAAGGUGUGGAAGAAAAGGAAACUAAAGAAGCAGCAGCUGAUGCACAUGCUGAAAAAGAAGGAGAAGAAGGUGAGAAUGAAGAAGCAGCUGCAAUUGUUGAUAAAAAAAAGUUAAAGCUGUCCAAUCAGAUGUGGGAUGGUGGGGGGGGUGAUGUAGUCAGGGCCUUCCAUUCCGAGCCUUUUCAGAAUUGCCCUCAAGAAAUGAGCAAUUCGACGGAGCUCCCGCUCCAGGUAGAUGCGGUCUUGACCCAGCCCGUAGAAAAGCCGAUACAAAUCAUUCCUUAG